AUUGCCACACAAUCAUGUCUAAUGGAUACCGAAGAAGUUACAGUUCAGCAGACAACGGUAGCAGAGCAACAACAAGUCGAUGAGGCAAUGUAUGAAAAUAACAACAACAACAUAUAUAACUAUAACAACAAUAAUGUUGAGAAAUAUGAACAAAGCAUUUUACACCUGCAAUUACAACAUCAACAACAACAAUCUCAAAUGCCAACACAGCAACCUCCCACUCUACAACAACAGCAAACACAAGAGCAACAACAACAACCUCAUCAAUAUCACCAUCACCAGCAACAACACUAUCAAGGUCACUUGCAUCGUGCUAAUCGAGACGUUAGUCGUUGCAUGCUAUCUCACAUGAUUUAGUA